UUGAGCCAGUACGGCCUGUGAGGCCCGUUUAUUACAGAGUUCACCACUACCAUAAACCCUCAAAAUUCAGAAUCGAUCUCAUCUAUUCACCGCCGGUGUGCCGUCGUCGAUAUGCUCCGCCGUACCUUUUACAAGCGCGCUCGAAAUGAUCUAGCGUACUGUCAUCGCUUGUUACACAUUCCGUAUAACGAACCAGAGGCUGACUCUAAGGUAAUCUCUGAAAUCGUUAGCAUAGUUUCAAAGAAAGAAACUGAGUCACCUCAGCAACAUUGGCGCAAGAACUGGCAAGAUUUGAGGAAGAACAGGUUAACAGCGAGCAAAUUCGCGCGCGCUAUCGGGUUCUGGCCAGAGGGUAGGCGCGAGCUUUGGUUAGAGAAAAUCGGGGCAGCUAAGCAGUUCUAUGGGAAUCCAGCCAUGUUUUGGGACAAUGAGCAUGAGGUUGAAGCACUCGAGAGAUACAACGACUUAACCGGGAACGAGAUCCUCAUACCUGGGUUCGUAGUGUACAAGAACGGCCAAGACCCUGAAGAAAACUGGUUAGGAGCUUCUCCUGAUGGGUUGAUCAAUGUGGUCAAAGACGGAGUAACUUCAACGGCGGUGUUGGAAGUGAAAUGCCCGUUUCACAACGGGGAGAACAAGCCGGUGUCGAAUCCGUGGAAGAAGGUUCCUUGGCAUUUUGUGCCACAGCUUCAGGGUUUGAUGGAGAUUGUGGAUACAGAUUGUUUGGAUCUGUAUUGCUGGACUCGCAAUGGAAGCAGCUUGUUCAGAGUUUGGCGAGAUGCUGAGUUUUGGGAGGAUAUGAAACCGGCGCUUGUUGAUUUUUGGCACAAGCAUGUUUUGCCUGCGAGGGAGAUAUACAGUAACGUCGGUAUAAAGGACCCUCAUUUGAAGCUGAGAGAGUUUAUGCCCAAGCCUCGGCAUGAAGAUUGCAAGAAGAUCAUGCGUGGAGCUGAGAGAAUCAGCGAGAACUCUAACCGUUUGUUCUAUGAAAUCCAAGGGAAUCUUGAAGAUUGAUUUGGUGUUUUGUUUAGUUCAGUGUUGGAGAAACACGAAAUGAAGAGGCUCUUUUGAUAGCUAAGUACAUAUGACAUUGUGUAUUCUUAUGUUUUUGUUGUUGUUGUGUUACAUGAGAGCAUAUGAGUCACUUUUGGUAAUGCUUUUGAAGGUUUUUUUUUUGUUUUUUCACUAAUGGCUGUUGCUAUAUUUCUAAGUUCUUAGCAGAAAAGCAGAAAAAGAAAAUAACAAUGAACAAAGUUAUUCUGUUAAUAGUUUCAUUAUCUUUUUCCUA